AUGGGGCACAUCAACGGAGAGAAGCCGCCGUGGAUCAUCGUGCGGCUUCUGCAGAUCCUCAAGCGCCGCGAGAAAGCGGCUGGAGGCCAGAGGAAAACCUUGCGGCAGCAAAACCGGCGAGACCAAGAGAGCAACAACGCAUCCAGUGACGCGAAGAAGAAGACUUUCGCCGGUCCUGUGCCAUCGAUCGACGGCACUAGAAGCAGCAGGGUCGUCAGCGGGAAUGGAGGAGGAGGGGCAAGGGGCCGUAGCACCGCGGACCCAGGCGGCGAGAUCCUCACCCCUCCCUCUCCUCCGCUCCCCGGCCUCGUCCCGGAAACCGGAGAGGCCGAAGCGCAUGAGGUAGCGUCUGCGUCCAGCCAGGAUUCCAACUACCAAACCUUCGUGCAACUUGGCACCGGCAUGGGAAGAUCGGCGAUGGGCCUGGUCGUUCAAGCGGAACUCACAGCUUUCCUGAAAGCGAUGAUUAGGGACCGGUUGGAUGUCAAUUCUCCCGAUUCCGAUCCGGAACGCCUCGACUACAGAUCUCUCCAUUGGGCGGCAUAUUCAGCCAACAAGGACGCGAUCGAGAUCCUCCUGGACGUAGGAGCGGAUAUCACGAUGACCACGAUAGACGUAAUAGAAACGGUGCUUCAUGUUUCCAUCGUCAAGAACAACUACAAAGUCUCCUGA